CACACAGCGUCCAUUUUCAAACCCGUCCGGAGAAACAUCGCACAUCAGCGCUGAACAUGGGGGCCGUACUUGGGCUUUGUUCCAUGGCCAGUUGGAUUCCUUGCCUUUGUGGCAGUGCUCCCUGCCUGCUGUGCAGAUGCUGCCCAAGUGGAAACAACUCCACAGUCACUCGGCUGAUCUAUGCAUUCUUUAUGCUGGUGGGUGUGGGCAUCGCCUGCAUCAUGCUCAUGCCAGGCAUGGAGGAGCAUCUGAAGAAGAUUCCAGGCUUUUGUGAAGGAGGAAUGGGGUCGUCCAUCCCGGGAGUGCAAGGUCAUGUGAACUGCGAUGUGCUGGUGGGCUAUAAGGCUGUGUAUCGUGUGUGCUUUGGGAUGGCUAUGUUCUUCCUGCUCUUCUCUCUCAUCAUGGUAAAGGUCAAGAGCAGCCAGGACCCAAGAGCUGCUGUGCAUAACGGGUUUUGGUUUUUCAAGAUUGUGGCUGCCACUGCUAUUACAGUUGGAGCUUUCUUCAUUCCCGAAGGCCCUUUUACUACUGUCUGGUUUUACAUAGGCAUGGCUGGAGCGUUCUGUUUCAUCCUCAUCCAGCUGGUGCUCUUGAUCGACUUUGCUCAUUCUUGGAAUGAGUCCUGGGUGGAGAAAAUGGAGGAGGGAAACUCUCGCUGCUGGUAUGCAGCUCUUCUGUCUGCCACAACCAUCAACUACGCUCUUUCGCUGGUGUCUCUGGUCUUGUUCUAUGUGUAUUACACUCACUCUGAUGGCUGCACUGAGAACAAAGUCUUCAUCAGCAUCAACAUGCUGCUGUGCGUUGGUGCAUCUGUCAUGUCCAUUUUGCCUAAAAUCCAGGAGUCCCAACCCAGAUCUGGUCUCUUGCAGUCCUCCAUUGUUACUCUGUACACCAUGUAUCUGACCUGGUCUGCCAUGACCAAUGAGCCUGACCGCAGAUGCAACCCUAGCUUGCUUGGCAUUAUUGGCCUCAACAGCACCACCCCUGCUGGUCAGGACCGUGUUGUUCAGUGGUGGGAUGCCCAGGGCAUUGUGGGCUUGAUCUUGUUCCUGAUGUGUGUGCUGUACUCCAGCAUCCGGAACUCCAGCAACACUCAAGUGAACAAACUGACCCUCACCAGCGACGAGUCUGCUUUGAUUGAGGAUGGUCCCGCUCCAGAGAACUUUGAAGUGGGUGAUGACUCCAACCGUGCCGUUGACAAUGAGAAGGAUGGAGUCAACUACAGCUACUCUUUCUUCCACUUCAUGCUUUUCUUGGCUUCCCUGUAUAUCAUGAUGACACUGACAAACUGGUACAGCCCUGACUCCAACUAUGAGACUAUGACCAGCAAGUGGCCCUCUGUGUGGGUGAAGAUCACCUCCACCUGGAUCUGCAUCUCUCUGUAUGUGUGGACUCUGGUGGCUCCACUGGUCCUCAUCAACCGUGACUUCGAAUGAGAGGACGGAUAGAAAUGAAAGCUUGCAAUUAGAAUCCGCCAUUACUUAUGUGAAUAUCCACAUGUAUAGGGAUAGGAGGGUCCAAACGUAAAUACUUGUGAGUGUUUUGUUCGUUCAGCUGACACUACAUGUUUUUUUUAACCUUGCAUGCUUUUAUGUAGUGUUUAUUUGUUCAUAUAUGAGCUGAAAUAAAUGAAGAACAUGGCUUGGGUUUCCUGUGAUGUGAAGUUAAUAUUUCCUUCAAGAAUUUGUUCUUCAAAAUUGAGGAUAAUAUAACGCUUGAUAACCUCUGUAUGCU